AAUUAUUGAUGAAGAGGAUUAGGAAAUUUAAGUUUGUAUCCAUCUUGGUUUAAUUAAAAAAAAAACAUACGUUUGCCUGCAAGUAGGCCUAGAUUGCGUCAACAUCAAGUGAAUAAUAAAAUAUUGCAUCUUUUCUCCCCGCUCCUUUUUAACCUUUUUGUUCAAGCUCAACAAAAACAGGAAAUGUAUUUUAAUUCACAACGCGUACAUGUGUUUUAGUGAAUUGUAUUUAAUAUAUAUAUAUAUAUAUAUAUUAUUAAACCUGGAGAAACAAAGAAGCGUUACAUCUCAUUACAUAUUUCAUCUCGUAGCUACUGCAUACUGUAUUUUUGUGUUAUAUUGAGAUUUAUUGAACUGAAAUGUAGUGUAGUCUAGCUUACUCGGUCAACUCCAACUUCUGUUAAUAAUUUUAUAAAAAAAACAUUAUUAAAUAUUUAUGUAAAAUGUGUCUUUUUUUUUUUUUUUUUUACACCUCGUAAACAAAGUGAACGCUAGUCUACUGAUUUCUAACAGAACUCGUUGUAACGUCGCUUCUGUAGCGUUAAAUGUUCGCAAACGAUAGGCUAGUUGACAAUUAAGCUACGUAGCCUAAUGAUAGUACUAGUUGAUCGGACUCAACAUGAAGAGGAUGGAUAGAGUGAGAGCAAAGAGGAACCACCAACCUGUCAUGUCAGAGUGUUUAAUGACAUCUAAAGUAGCAGGAGGGGCGGGGAAGGUUAAAGCCUAAGACACUUAAACUACAGCGAGAUCAGCUCUUCAACUGUCUGUUCGGACAUCACAUCUCAGCUGUCGGGGAAACUAUGGAGCUCGAAAACAUCAGAAAUUUGAGGGGGAAAUGCAUGGUGAGGCGGGACAUCAUAAGAGAGUUUCUGGCGGAAUUACUGGGGACAUUCGUAUUAAUACUGUUCGGUUGUGGUUCAGUGGCCCAAACUGUCCUCAGCAGAGGCACACAUGGAGAACUUCUCACCAUCCACUUUGGCUUUACUCUAGGGGUGAUGCUGGCUGUGUACAUGGCAGGAGGCGUGUCAGGUGGACAUGUGAACCCAGCUGUUUCUCUGGCCAUGGUUGUUGUUGGGAAACUCCCAAUAAAGAAAUUUCCUGUCUAUGUAGCAGCUCAAUUUCUUGGUGCCUUUGCCGGGUCUUGUGCUGUCUACUGUCUGUACUAUGGUGCCUUUGCAAAUUUUGCUAAUGGACUUCUGCUUGUAACUGGUGUAAAUGCCACAGCAAAUAUCUUUGCUUCAUAUCCACGUGAAGAUCUCUCAUUGUUAAAUGGAUUUAUUGAUCAGGUGAUUGGCACAGGUGCCCUGGUCCUCUGUAUUUUAGCCAUAGUAGAUAAGAAGAAUAUCGGGGCACCUAAAGGCAUGGAGCCUCUGGUUAUUGGUCUGAGCAUCCUGGCUAUCGGAGUGUCAAUGGCGCUGAACUGCGGCUAUCCGAUCAACCCUGCCAGAGACUUGGGACCGCGGCUCUUCACUGCUCUAGCAGGAUGGGGAUUAGAUGUGUUCAGAGCUGGAGGAGGCUGGUGUUGGGUUCCAGUGGUCGGACCAAUGGUGGGAGGUGUGGUUGGGGCAGUGAUCUACUUCCUAAUGAUUGAGAUGCACCAUCCUGAGCCUGAAAAGAACCUUGAAGACAACAACAGCAUCAAAGAUAAAUAUGAAUUAAACACCGUCAACUAAAAAGAGAGGGAAAGUAUGGUAUCUUUUCCUUCACCAUAGACCUCAAGCAAGAAACUCCAUUUUCUUCUCUGUCUUUUCCUCUAGAUCUCUUUUCUGAGUCUUUUGCCAAGUACAUUCAUUAAAUUAAGCAGCUAUGAAAGAGUCAGCAAGUGUUAAUUAGGCAUAAUUCUAGCUAUUUUUCAUGUUUUUAACAGAAGUAGAACUAUAGAGAAUGUUUAAAGAGCACCAUUUAUUUCAUCAACAUGGAGCAAAGAGAAACAUUCAGGUAUUUUAUGGAAAGCAUCAACAGUUUCUUCACUAUCAACAAGUGUCACACCACUGCCAGUAAAAGAUUGCAAGUGCUAAUAGAUCCUCCAUAUUAAUGACUCUGGAUUGUGUUUAGAGAUAAUCAUGAUUUCCGACUGGUUUCUCAGGUUUCCUUUUUUCAUAAGAAACAGUCAAUGCAGUUUGUUCAGACUCAGUGAGAGAGAGUUGAACUACUCUAGGAUUGUUGUAUAGCAUCCUUCAUUCCUUUGUCCAAUCCUGCUACUAUUUGUCUUCUUCUCACAUUAACUUUCACAGACAUCUGACAACCCAUAACUUGCCAUAAGCAGAUAUAUGUUUUUCUCUCACUAAAAUGAAGGAAGAUACUUUACUGUCCACUCUUUUUACUCAAAGAUGAAAGGUCCUUAUUGUCUGUAAAUAGGACGAAUCAGAACAGCAUAUAAACUAACUGCAUGCAUAACUGCUGAUAAGGUAACAUGCAUGAGGUAACAAGAUGAAUGUUGCAAUGCAUGCUAAAAAUAAGCCAGUGAUGAACUAUUAAAUGUAAGCUUAAGAAUAUAUAAAUGUGUAUUUAUGCUACAGUGUGUCAAACGUAGAAGAAAAUAAUUUAGGAAGAAAUGAAAGAAGCAGUAUUGUGCAUAAUACCAUGUUCAGACAUUUCAGCAAUGCUUAAAGGAUUAGUUCACUUUUAAAUAAAAUUUUCCUGAUAAUUUAUGUCAUCCAAUAUGUCCAUGUCCUUCUUUCUUCAGUCAAACAGAAAUUAAGG